AUGAGUCCUCAAGAAACGCCCGAGCAGUCAGAGGGCUCUAAGCUCUUGGAGCUGGAGACAAUUAAAACGUUUAUGAACACUGAUGGUGCUCUCGAGGUGCUUUUGGCCAGGCUUAAGCGAUCUCUUGGUACCGGCGAAGAGUUCGCCAAGUAUGUCAAGAGAAAGGCACAAAUUGAAGAUGAUCACUACAGUCAGCUUAGAAAAUACGCUUCCAACGUUCGUGGGAAUUUGAAAAACACCAAGAACAAAAAUGACUCGUUCUCUUCGAAACUAGACGAGAUCAUCGAGUUUGACGAGAAACUCUACUCUGUGGGGUCCUCGUACGUGAAAGCGUUGAACACGAUGCACGAUGAGAUUGUCUCCUUAAACCAUACGGUGGACCGAUCACGUAAGAACAUAAAGGAUGAGGUGAAGAGAAAGGAAAAGGAGUGUGCCGACUCUAUUCAGAUGGCUGAGAAGGCGAAACAAAAAUACUACCACUGCUGUGAAGACUUGGAGCGGUUGAAGAUGUCGGACCCCAAUAAAAAGACAUUUCUCAAAAGUAAACCUGAAGAGGAAGAAUUGCAGAGAAAAGUGGACUUGGCCGAUCAAGAAUACAAGAACAAAGUUUCCGCUUGCAAAAAGUUGAAGGAUGAGAUGUUGAUGAUCUACAGACCAACGAACACAAAAAAAUUGAAGAAUUUAAUAUUGGAAAUGGAUAUUGCCUUAAAUGUUCAGCUACAAAAGUUUGCCACCUGGAGCGAAACACUUGUAAUGAAUUCAGGUGUCUUAAUUAGCCCAUUGCAGGACAACAAGCCAUCAAUGAAAGCCCUCGCUGCUAGCAUUGACAAUGAACUCGACUUGUACAACUAUAUCUCGAAAAACUCCAACAAUCCAAGCAACAAGCUGUUAACCCCCGUCGAAUACACACCACACCCUUCGUUCGCAAAACACACAAAGCCUGCUAAGCCAUUCUUUAACAACGCCAAUAGCAGCAACAAUGUCAACUCUGCAAACAACUCGACUAAUAAGAAUCUCGGCUCUAACUUGGCUCCGACACAAUCACUGCAAUCUCAAACCCUCAAGAGCCAAAGUCAGACUAAUCUAAACUCUGAACCCAAAGGUAAUGCAACUCCGGCAGAGAGUACAUCCAGUACAUUUACCUAUAGUUCAUUGGACCCAAGCACUCAUCAAAGUGACUUAACUGGCCCCAAGUCUUUGAGUCAAGUCAGUCAAUAUGCUCAACCUACCUUUGGCGUUUCCAUCGAGGAUGUCAUUCAGUACGCAGGUAUCGACAACGUUCCGCUAGUUGUUAAAAGGUGCAUAGAGAUUAUCGAGAAUUAUGGUCUAGAUAUUGAAGGCAUUUAUCGAACUAGUGGUAACAAGACUACUGUUCAGCAGCUUAAGGAGUCAAUUGACUCGAACUUUGCUAACUAUUUAAUGAUUGGCCAUAACAUAGAUCCAAACAACGUGAUGGAUGCUGAUAUAUACUGCACGGCUUCCCUUAUGAAGAUAUAUUUCGCUUCCCUUCCGGAACCUCUUUUGACAUCAGCUUGUUACCAAUCCUUCAUCGAAACAGUCAAAUCAACUGACGAGACAUUCAUUGCGAAGAAAUUGCAUCAUUUGGUGUAUAACUUACCCGAUGGUGCUUACUUCACCUUAAGAGCUUUGAUAUUUCAUUUGAAUAAGGUGGCCGCUCAUCAGCAUAAUAAUCGCAUGACCGCUAAGUCUUUGGCCAUCAUUUGGGGACCAGCGAUCCUCAACGAUAACUCGAUGUCUCCACAGGACUUGAGCUAUAAGACAAAGGUCGUCGAAGAGUUGAUGCUAAUUGCUAACGAAAUCUUUGACGCUGAUGAGUAA